AUGCAUCUCAUCCUCACUGGUGCCACUGGCCUUGUCGGCUCAGGCGUUCUGGACGCCAUGCUCCAGAACAGCGCAAUCUCCAGAAUCUCAAUUCUCAGUCGAAGACCUGUGAAAAUGGCAGAAGAUGCCAAAGACCCCCGGGUCCAUGUCAUUACCCAUAAGGAUUUCGAGACAUACCAGCCCGAGCUACUUGAGCAAUUGAAAGACGCAGACGGAUGCGUUUGGGCGUUGGGAAUAAGCCAAAACAGCGUCGACAAAGAACAAUACAUCAAGAUCACUAAAGACUACGCCCUAGCAGCCGCAAAUGCAUUCUCCACCCUCAAGCCCUCAAACCCCCCUUUCCGAUUCAUCCACGUAUCCGGCGAAGGAGCAACCCAGGAACCAGGAAUGCUCUCGCAGCUAUUCGCAAAGGUCAAGGGCGAGACCGAGACACUUCUCGGCGAGAUAUCAGCCAAACACCCAGGUACAUUCCAAGUGGACAGUGUUCGACCCGCAGGCGUCGAUCCAACCGGACACGACGCUAUCAAGCCGUAUCUCCCAGAUCAAGGAUUCCUGUACAAAGCUAUGGGAGUCGUUCUCAUGCCCAUGAUCAGAAAUUUCUACAAAUCGUUCCAUUCACCCACACCUGAACUUGGUUCAUUCUUGACUCAAUUGGCGAUGGGAAAGAUGGAUUCUAAGAUGCAGGGCCCUGGUGUGUUCAGACUUGGUGGUGGUUAUGUCGUUGAGAAUAAAGCGGUUCGGAGAAUGAUGGCUAUGUGA